AUGUCCAAGUUGUUCGUCUGGAACAGACUGGCGCAAGUGCUGCCCGAGACGAUCGACGUCGAGGCGACUUCGCCGGAUGGGAUCACGGCAAUUAUGAAGCAGCUUCUAUCCCAGACUUCAAUGGAGGAUGUUGACAAACUCUUGCUCGAGAGCGCAUCGGUCAGAGCCGUCUUCAGAAAGAACAAACUCCAAGUUCUCCGGAAUCUGAUUGCGCCCGUGGCCCGGGAAGACGCCAUCGCCUGUAUCGAUCGCCGCCUGCACAUGGGCAAGGCAGCGAGAAAGGCGUUUGACCGAGACUACGAGAACGGAGCCGUAUCACAAUUCCCUCUUGUAAAACAUUCUGAAAGCUACUGCUCUGGUGACGAUAAGCCAACUCACAUAGCCACAGGCACCCCGAACGAAAACCGACAUCCCAAAUCAACGGAUCGCGGACAAUGGAACCUCGACGACCUCUGCGAAUUGGUUAGAGUCAUCGAUAAGCUCCUCGAUCGAAAGUGCUCCAAGACGUACCCGACAUUUGAAGAAUGGGAGGCCUCCUGGAAGUCCGCAUGCCCUCGCAGGGACGUCCACGCCUACCGCUCAGUUCCCAGUCGCGACUGCGCGGACUGGACCAACCACGACCCCGCCGGCGAAGAACAUUACUACCAGGAGCUCUGCAAAGACCACGGGACGGAAGACCCCACGAACUUUGACUACGCCUUCCAGUGCCACACAAAGUUCGAACAAACCGGCGUCCGCCACGAAGGCGUUCAGAUGGACAAGAAGGCCAGGGCGAGGCUCCAGCGCGCCUUCUUCCGCCUCGAGCUCAUCAGGAGAGCGUACUAUCAGCGGCCCUUCUUCCCCAAGGGCGCCAGAUUCGCGGGCCGCACGAGGACGGUAAGAGAGGGCGAGUUCGGCACCGCCGGGGAGACGUACGAAAAGGACACCCGGCUAUUCCCCGAGCUCUCGGUGCGCGCCGCGGCGAUCGCGUGCGUCUGCAACGUCUACGAGUGCCAGACACACCCCGCCAUGGGAUCCCGGGUCCGGGUCGACCGCAAGGACGGCAGCUGGUGCUGGCGGUGGGACGACAGGAGCAUCGCCCCGUGGUCUAGGAGCGCAUCCGCUCCGAGGAGCGUCAAGAUCAACGAUGUUUUCCGCAUGAACUCGAAGAGCUGGGCAGCGGUGUGGAGGUCGGACCGGGAGUAUGAGAAGCAGCUGUGGACGGGGCCGAUGGCGGAGAGAGAACGCUGGGAGGGGUACGGGCAUGCCGGGUGUAUGGAUCCGAACGAGUGUUACUGCCAACUGGGAGGAAAUUGUUCCCUGUGCCUGCCGUUACCUGACACGGAGCUUUCUGAGUGGGAUCUUUUCACGAAGGACGAGUUGCAGGACGAGAUUGAGGAGAUCGAGGACUUGCGAGAUCCGGAGUUGGCGAAUAGGCAUCCGGAGCUGGCUGAGUCCAUUGAUGAGUACCAAAGGACUUACAAGGCUGUGCUCUAUUGA